AUGACCUCGUACUUCGGCAACCUGUCCCCCGGAACCGCGGGCUGGGCGGCCAACGGUCAGGACCCCCACUUCUACGCCACCCACAACUCCAAGUAUGCCGCGGCGCACGCGGCGGCCGCGGCCCACGCCGCUGCAACCGCCGUCGGGGUCGCGGGUUACUGCGAGCCGACGGGCGGUCCCCAGUAUGCGCCGACGUCGCCCUUCGCGCAGGGACGCUACUCGUACGCCCCGCGCUUCGACUCCGGCGCGCCCAAGUCUCCGUACGACGGCGCCCUGCACCACCAGCAGUCGCAGCAGCACCACGUGCCGCACCAGCACCCCGGACUUCCGCCGCACCACCACGCGCUGCAGCAGGGGACAUGCUACGACGCGGGUGUUUCGCCGUACUACUCGGCGGCAGUGCCGUCGAGGCCACCUACGGAAACUGUGCACGUGGCGACGUCGACCGCCGUCAGCGUUGUGACCGCCAAAGAGUACGUCAAGCAGCAGGGUGCAGCUCAGGGCGGGGGGGCGGCGGCUGUGUUCUCCGCCAAGCAACAGACGCAGCAGCAGGCCUCUUCCGGAUACUUCGGGCAGGGACAGCAAGCUUCGUCGACGAGCCCGCCGACCCCCGCUGUGACGCCGAGCAGCAACGGCGGCGGCGGGUCGCAGUUCGACGGUCCCGGCACGCCCGAGAGCUACGCGGGCAGUGCGGGCAGCGGGGACCAGGGGGCCCCGGUCGACCGCCAGGGCUCGCCCGGAAGCGCCCACUCGCCCAGCAAGGCGGACAACUUCUAUCCCUGGAUGAAGUCCUACUCAGAUUCAGCCCAAGGGCCGAAACGAACGCGGCAGACCUACACCCGCUACCAAACCUUGGAGUUGGAGAAGGAAUUCCACUUCAACCGCUACCUGACGCGGCGGCGAAGGAUCGAGAUCGCCCAUGCCCUGGGGCUAACGGAGCGCCAGAUCAAAAUUUGGUUUCAGAACCGGCGAAUGAAAGCCAAGAAGGAGAACAAACUCCAGGGAGGACUGCUAGUGCCCAAGCCAGUGGACGAACUCGGCGGUGUGCUCCAGGACUCCAAGGGACUAGUGGCUACCACGUUAGACGGCGUGGUUUACAGCUGAGGAGCACCACUAAGUCGCAGCAAUCAAGCCGCCAUCACAGUGUACAUUCAAGCCAUCUCAUCCGAGUCAACAUGAAUUGACAUGCGCGCG